AAUGCAAAAGCCAUUCUUCCAAGAAAUACUGACAUUGUAAUGUGCCCUACGCCUUUAAAACAUAAAAAUUCCGAAAACAAUGUAGUGGAUAGGGACAAAGCUAUAAGUACAAACGCUCGUGAAAACUGAAAUGAUUUAGUUUUUAGGAUAUGUAUAUCCAAAGUGAGUAUAGUGGUCGAGUCGACUAUGGCCCCGACAUCUGAAUAAUCCUAAACUGAUGAUCAUGACAACAAAAAAUUAGUGCAUAGUUGAACUUAUCCCUACUGCCCACUCGUCCGAAACUCACAGAAAUCUGUGGUUCUACCAAAGGCAAAUAUGUUUAACUAUCGAUAAUUUCACUGCGGUUUGUGUACGGUCCGCGUCGUCACACAGUCCAGUUCCAAAGGUCACUUCGUCCAGCGAACAUAGACCUCAGCGAUGGAAUGGGCUUACUUAAGAGGCAACUGAAUAAAACGAAUUGUCUGAAUAAAUGAGAUAAAAAUAAUAAACCACCAGCCAGAGGCAGAGGAUUGGUUUCACAUUUUGCUUUCGUUGCUCUCAGGAAUACUUCCGGUAAGCGCACGCUCCAGCGACCAAAGAUGGCAUAUUUCAAGAAUCUUUUUAAAAAGUGAUGCAAUGGCUGCUUUGUUGUCAUCAGCUAUGGCAGAAAAUAAGUCAAAAGAGGUAACAAGAAGCACAUGUGAUGGGGAGCCUUCUCAUUCUGAAGCAUCACAGAGCCAGAGGAAUGUUCAGGAUAUAUCGCAGACUGAAACUGUAAAGCAUGAAGAUAUUAGAAUAGAAUCAGGCUUGAAAAUUCCCCAACAACAUACCAGAUUGGAUUUACUUUUGUCACAAAUUCCUAAGAAAGCACAGCAUGGGUUGCUAAUGCAAUGUGAUCUUAUUCUUACCUGCAUAGAUGCAAAUGAUAGUUAUAUUGCACUUGGAACCAACAUUGGCCUGACUUUUUUGUACAAUCGCAACGAUAACUCAGUACAGAGACUGAAGUCAGAAACAUCAAAUGAAGUGAUAACCUGCAUAAAGCUGCAUCAUGGAGUGGACCACCAACUGGCUGUAGGGAUGGCUUCAGGGGCUGUCUGUAUCUUUCUCAUUCCUGGCUACAUAUCUGUCUUUAAGAAACAGCUUCAGAAAUUUGAAGUGCAGUCGGUUCAUCGCCAUUAUGUGACCUGUGUAGAGUGGAGCACUAAUGGGAUGAAGUUAUUUAGUGGUGAUAAGACUGGCAAUGUUGUCUGCACAGAAGUGGAUUUCUAUCAGGGUCAGUGCAAAUCUGUAGUACUACUGGUAGAGCCUCCAACAGAGAUUGUUCAGCUUCAUUAUGACCACAAAGUGCUUGUGGUAUCCACUCGAUCUCGGUCAUUUGUGUGUCGUCUAGACACUAACUGCCAGUUGGUGCAGAUUGGUCAGCAGGACAGGAAAGUGCAAGGCAGUUUUGGUGCAUGUUUCAUCCCAGGCCUUUGCAAGACGGAUGAUGCUAAAUUGUAUGCAGUCAGACCUGGGUGCCGCAUUUGGCUUUCAGAUAUCCAUGGUACUGUCUGCAAUACAUUCAUGUUUAAAGAGAAAAUCAAUGCUGGCAUGAAGGAGAUUCCACUUUUACAACCAAGCAAGGCUGUUGGAGCAGCUUUAACUCAAGAUUUCCAGUUUGGAAGGAUUUACAUAUAUAGAGAAAAACAAGUUGUCACAUUCAAUCCUAUGAUGUUGUUUAUUUUAAAUCCAGAGCAAAAUUGUGUUGUGGCAGGACAAAACAGAUUUGGUGGCAUUGUAGAUAUUGCUAUCAAUAAGAAUGAAAUAUUUGUAUUGAGGCGACACACGGAUGAUGAAGUGAUUCGCAUUGCUGAAGAUCCAGAAAUUAUCAGAGCAAUACCUUCAACAGUACCGUUUGAUCCUCCACUCUCCAACCCUGUCACCUCGGAAAUAUCUGCACAGUUACAAAUCUCAACUACACGAAGACCUGCAGAAACUCUGAAACCAAGUAGAACGGAAGAGAACAGCUCACCAAAGAAUUUUUUUAAGAAGAAUGUUUUUAACCCAUUAAAAAAACUAGAAAAUCUUAUACAAGAACAGAGACAUCCCAAAAAUGCUGAGCAUGCAGAGAAAACAGAAAGUGCUUUAACUAAAGUGGUGCAAUCGACAGCUUUGCAGGGUUCUGGAGCCGUAGACUCAUCCCCAGAUUUACCACCUAUCGUCUCCCUCGAUUCCCCAGAUUUGGCAGUGAGAGUAUUCACCGGAGGAUUGGAAUCAAAGGCUUUGGAAGAUAUUCAGUCCCCUGAUAGUGCACAUAGUGCUUUGUCAGUAUUUGGAGAUGAACUUGGUGACAGUUGUCCAGAUGAAAGAACUAACACACCACCAGCUGGAACUGACAUCAGGGUUUGUGUUUCAAAGGCUGAGAACAGUAAGGAACAAGUGGGGAAAAGUGAAACAGGUUUUGAACACACUGUGCCAAUAGCUGAGCGUGUUGCCUUGUCAGCUGACCAGUGGAAGGCUGAUGAUGACAUCGUUUUCAGUCAUAAAAGCAAGAAAAAGAAAAUCAAGAAGAAGAAAUUAAAAGGGAAAGGUCUUGAUAUAGAUACAGACACAGCAAGUCAGGCAUCAUAUAACAGUCAGUUAUCAGAAGAAUCGAGCAUCACCAUCACUGAAGAUGGAUCAGGCCACAGUACAUGUACAAGCAACCCUAGUGAAUUCACAGAAAUCAUUCGCAGAGCUGAUGAAGCUUUGAGCAGCGUAGACAGACUUCUAAAAAGUAAAGAAGAGCAUGAUUCAGCCAUAACAUCUGAGACAAAAUUAGAAAUUACUGCAAGGGAUGCAUUACCAGUUAGUAACAGUUCUGAAUUAGUAAUGUUAGAUGAACUGGCCUUUCAGAGUCUUAAAAUUGGAGAAGCAAGUAUUCCACCCGACCAAGGGGAAGACAAACUUAUAGAGACUGUAUAUAAUGCUAAAGAUGAAGAAACUGCUAAAGAAGACUGUGUUGAUGGCGUUAAAAAUCUCAGUUCUGAAAGUACAUGUCGACCAACAAAUCUUCAGCUUCCUGAUGAACAAUUGGAUGUCAAAUCAGCAACAAAACCGCCAGAAGACACUGCAACACAUGAAGACCUGCUGAAAGCUGCAGAGAGGACCCUGAUGGACAUGAAGAAAAAAUCACGUUCUUUUCAUGCUCCACGAGAGGAUUCUGCUGAUGACUUUUACUCAAUGUUCAACCCAUAUACACCAUCUGAAUCAGUUGAUUUACCAGAUUUUUUUCCAAGUGAGCCCUCACCAAAUCUGGCACCAGAAUCAACAGAAGCUGUUCAGGUAAUUCCCAGCACUACAGCAGAGAGUGACAAAAACAUAUCAGAGGCAACCCUGUAUCGGCUUGCCAACAACUGGUCAGAAUUCACAGCUUCAGCCAAUAUUUACAGCCUGGCAUUGUCAGGAACACAUAUUUGGUUUACAGAUAAAAGUGACAAUCUGUAUUACUCAGCCAUAGGAGAAAUGAAAGGAGUUCUCUGGCGAAAAGUUGGAGACCCAGCAAGUCAGAUUGCUGUGUCUCCUUCAGGCCAUAUUGUGUGGCGUUUACAUAAAGGCAGGGUAUUUGCUGGCACCAAGAUUACCCAUCGUCGGCCAGAGGGGCUGAAAUGGGUGGAAGCAGUUCGGGAUGUUCGUUUCAUAUCUGUAGAUGACCAUUGUGCAUGGUAUAUCAAGACCAAUGGAGAAGUGAUGAUGCAACGGGGCCUUUCGAAAGAACGCCCUUGUUUUCGGUCACUGAGUGUUGAGAUACCACAAGCUGUAAAACAUGUUAUUGCUCGAUAUGGUGUGGUGUGGGCCAUCACUGAAUCUUUGACUUUGAUGGUGCGCGUUGGCAUCACAGAUGAUACCCCACAGGGCACAGACUGGCUGGUUGUAAAAAGAGAAAUGGAACCUUCCUUCUUCUUCAAUGCCAGCAUUGACAAUGAGGGGAUAGGUUGGGCUGUGGAUGUUAUAGGGCAGAUCUGGUUUACAGACCAGGUUACCCCUAGUAAUCCAGCAGGCAGUGGAAAUUGGUGGCAGGUUCCUUUGAGUAAAUACUUCAUCCAGGAUCCCACCACUCUGGACAUUAUACGAUCAAUAGCUCGCAAGUUUGACCCCCAGAAGUUAUCACACAUACUUAGUUACAACCGUGGGGGCUUGAUUGUGGCAGGUGUUCAGGGCCUCUGGGUAUCACUAGAAUUCCAGAACACCCUGCAUGUCUGUCGUGGUAGUGUUCAGGGUUAUUGCUGGUCACCAGCUCAACCCAAACAAAUGGCAGUGGCAACAGUGUGGCGACAAGUGCAGGCUAGCAUCGCACAUGUGCAGUGGGGUGUGGUCUGGGCACAGCAGGUUAAUGGAGAACUGUUUGUCAUGUCACCAAAUAGCCAAGAUGCCAUACUGAUUCCAUCAAAGGAGUUUGUGUCAAUGGCAGUCAAUGAACUGAGUGUAUGGGGACUGACAGCUGGUGGAGACGUUUAUGUGCGCUCAGGUGUUGGGCCUCACUGUCCACAUGGCACAGAGUGGCUUCCUUUAGAUCUUACACAACUUGGAAAUGCGUGCCUGGUACAUCUCAGCUGCAAUUCCUCAUUUGUGUGGAGUGUGGACUCUGAAGGGCAGGUCUUUCACCGUAUUGGUGCCAGUGCUCCCAGACCAGGGCACUUGAAUCCUGUUUGGCUUCCUAUUGACACAUUUUCAGAGAUUAUCUUUACAAAAGUAUUCUGUGGACCUGUAGAUUGGAUGGUGUGGGCCAUUGACAACCGACGCUUAACAUACGUGAGAUUUGGAAUCACAGAAAACUUGCCUCUAGGUGUUGAGUGGGUUCAUGUUCCAGGAAUUCAGGCAAUGGAUUUGACUCUGACAAGCUCAGGAGUGUGGGCACUGAAUACCAAUGGAGAAAUGUUUUACCGCUUUGGAAUCACCAGGGACAAUAUUUCUGGAAACUACUGGAAGAAAACUCCUGGCAUGUUCAUAAAAAUCUCGGCAUCUGCAGAUGACACGCUGUGGGCUAUCAACACAUCAGGUCAGAUUGUCAAGUGCAGCACACGUUUUCUGUUUCGACGCCAAGAUUCUUCGGAUCCUCUUUUACAGCGCAGCACAAGUGUGGGUAGCGAGGAAGGAGACUGGGAGCUUGUCUGAGGAAUUGCUUAUGUGGCCUUUAACAUGAUGCUGCCAGCUUAAUCUGAAAAAUUAUCCUGACAGACAAUUAUCCAGCCAUCCCAGACAGAUUGAGAGUCAGUCAUGACUGUAUAACCUUUUAGUUUAUUAGUGGGCGCUUGUGCAAUUAAUGUGAAAUGAUUAUAUUAAUGUGCAGUUGAUAUUAUGUAUGACUGUUGGUAUUUUACUUGCUUUUCUUGAUUGCAGUUAUAUAUAUGCAUAUGAUUGCGUGAGAGGGUACUGGCCUAAAUUCUUUUACAUUUGUAUUAAAAAAAAUGAGCUCAGUAAAUUUUGCACUGGAGAAAGUUUAUAGAUUAUAUUUUUGUAAAUGGUAAUGAAAGCAGGAUUUUGAAAUGAACACAGUUCAUUGUUUUUUCCAGUUUGUCAUCCUGUUUACCUAUGUGUGUUUUUAAAUACAUUACAAAUUCCAAUGAAAAUUGCCCAUUAAAGACCAACCUGAAUGGUUUGCAUUUUUGUCCGAUAUCAGUAGAUAUAGGUGAUAUAAAACUAACCUGUAAAUUUCAGCCUCCGAAAUCCAAUGCAAACCAUUCAGGUUGGUCUUUAACUAUGGUUGUAUCUCAGAAUUCCUUUUUCUUGCACACACCUUUCCCAUUUUCUUCCCAACCCUUUUGAAGAGAAUUAAAGCACUUACUUUUAGAGAUGGGUUUUGUGAGAAAUACUUUAAAAUCAAGUAAGGAUCAAAAGGAGGGAUCAGAAAUUACUUAAAACAAUGACAUUUUUGUAGAUUUUCCUGGUGGGCUUAUGCUUGGACAGUGAUAAGAAUUGCACCUCAGAUUGCAUGUGUAUUUUUAUAUCGGGAUAGGUUGUCUUAAAACAUCACCUGAAUGAUUGUUCUUGACAUAGAAUUUACGAUUAGAAAUGGUGAAAUGUCAGAUUGUUGUGAUAAAUGGUAUCUGAUGUAGUAAUUCUUAUCAUUGUUUUGUGAUACUGUUAGUGUGACAUAGGACUUGAGUUUGUUAAAAAUAUUAGUAAAGGUUCAUGCUGUGAAUUGCAGAUCAACACAGCUCCAAAUUGUUUCCUGUACACUUUUUUUCUUCAAAACUUUUUCAAUGACUGAUUGAACAGGGAAAGGUAAUUUUUAACAUCUGUGAAUAUUGCCAAGAAGCUCACUAGUUUUGAAGUAUUUUUUCGCACAGAAUUGUAAUUUUUCACGAGGUGUUUGAUAAAUAUCAGUAUUAUCUGCAUUAUAAAUUAUUUGGAAAUUUUCUACACAAUUGCUGAGGCAUGGAAAGCCAAACUUCAUGUUAAUACAAAUUGAAUCUGUAAAGUUAUUUCUUCCUAUGGAGGUUAUAAACAUUCUUCUGUUACCUGGUCUAAUUAGCUGGUGUGAAUGUACAUUUUCAAAAUGUCUAUUCAUCACUUGUGAUCCUUCUUCAUUCUGUCUCAUAAAUAAAAUGGAUCUUUCUAUUGAAUACCUUUUUUAAAAAAAUUAAUUUGAAGCAAUUUAGUAUCCAUCAUAAAAAAAAAAAACAGACAGAAAAGGUACCCUCCACCAGCUCACUAAAAAUCAAAUCUGAUCCAUUCUUGAAAGUACUCACAAAUUUUCAUUUUGAAAUCGAGGACAAGCUGAAGCUUACCUAGUUUUUGACAGUGCAAUCACCAAAUAGCUUCUAAAAAUGUGUUUCUGACCAAAUUGUUUGAGAUGAACCAUGCUGACAUAUUGCUUGUGCUUUCAUUCACAAAUACUGACAACAGCACAGCAGCAGUGUAAGAGAGAGAGAAAUUUUUGGUACAUUUACACAUCUUUCUCUUGUAAGCACAGCAAAAGUAGUUAACUGCUUUAAAAUUUUGUUUAAUGAUAUAAAAUAUAAUUUCUCAUUCAGUUACUAAAGAAGCCAUAAAUUGCAAGGGAGUAAAAUAAAGUGUAAAACUGGUUUAUUUUUAGGACAUUGUACAAAUAUAGGCAUUAACAAAAAAUUAUACAAAGGAAAGGGAUGACGAUGCAUUUCAAAAAGAUUAGCAAUUAUAUGCUUAGAAAAUACUUUUAAAUGUAUACGUAACAUUAAAUAUGCAACAUUCGAACAAUUAUGUCCAAUAAAAUUUUUUGUUCUGUGUC